AUGGAUCAAGGCGACGGCCGUUCCUUGGCGGCGAAGUGUCGCUAUCAUUGCUGCGAGGUGCCUUCAGUGGAUUGCCCUGAGCUGAAACGCGGCCGAAGCUUCCACUUCGAGAAGUUCCGGGUGAUCAAUCAGAAGGAGUUGGAUGCCAAAGUCCCCGCGUGGGCGUUCGGUCGGUCAUGUGCCAAGCUCAUGAAGGCGUACUUGGCCAACCGCACCGAGGAGUUGCCUCCCCCUGGGGGUGACGGGCAAGGCCCUCGUGACGAACUACCUUGGCGUGAGGCCGGUGAUGAAGAAUCUUCUGGCUCAUCGGAUGCAAGUGGUUCUGACCGUGGCGACUUGAAGGCCAAGCUCCAGGCAGCCCGUGACAAGGUGAAGGCGUUGGAGAAGCGCUAUGCCCGGGGGGACAAGAAGGAGAAAAAGGCCAAGGACGGCAAGGAAAAGAAGAAGCACAAGAAGAGACGUGGGAGCCGCCGUGAGGAGAGAAGUCGCUCAUCUCGCCGAAGGCGCAAGAAGAAGGGCGAGCAGUCACCCCGCCGUUCAAGGCGGGUGGAAGGUCCAGAAAAGGACAAGAAACCUAAGGAACGAGGAGCUGACAAGGAAAAGAAAAGGCGGUCUAGCCCCACCUCCCCCGAGGGGAGUGAAGAUGAACGACAGCCUCGACUUUUCGGAGGUGAUGGAAGUGAUGAGUCAGAUCCAGGUCAUUCUGCCCGAGGGCGGCCAGACCGUGGACCUUUCGGCGGUGGUGAUGUGGUUCGCUAUGGGGAAGGCUCUGACAGUGACUCGGAGUCUUUUCGGGACGCCCCCGCAGGCCAAAAGGCAGGGAAUCAAGUCCACUUGAUUCAGUAUGCAAAGAAGAAGCCGGGCAGACUUGCCUCGCGUCUCCUCUUGAAGAUGCGGAGAGAAGGAGCCCAAGGGUCUGUGGGGGCGAGCCGGAGAAGAGACGGACUGACUCCACCGUCGGCGGUUCAUUACCUGGUGACAGUGAUGGGCCCCCGCCUAGGAACAAAGCUGAACAUGGCGGAGCCAGCGCGAGCUGCGCACCUUGUGCACCCGGCGGACUUGGUGGGGCAACGAAUCAAGGCCUUGGAGAAGGCCACGGCGGACGGCCAUUGGGCCUCAGCUCAACACCUCGAGCUACUCAGUCCCGAGAUGGGAGGUCUCCUGGAGAGGGACGAGGAGAUCUACACGUCCCGAGAGCAUCUGCUAGAUCUGAAGCUGCAGAGCUACGAGGGAUGGAAGAAAGGUCCAAAGACCGAUCAAAAGGGCGACCAAGAAAAAGGAGGAAGAAAAGGCAAGGAGAAGGGUCGCGGGAAAGGAAAGGAGAGCAGCGUGACGGCACCAGGCGACCCAAUGAGCCUGUGGAUGGAGCGGUGGCAACGGUGGCGCUCGGAAGAGCACAGCCCGGCCGAGGUGCUGGAAGGAUUAUGGCUGCAUUUGAGGUCCCUCCCAAGCAAGCUGGGUCACUUCUCACUGGCGUCUGCUGGGGAUGGGGUGCCUCCCGGGGCUGGAGCCUCAACUCGCGUGAGGGGUGACGACCUUCUGCCCAUCGAUCUGAGGGAAGUAGCCACACACCUGCUGGAUGCGGGAAGCACCGUUGCCAACAGCGUCGCCUGCCUUCUGAACUCCCUGAACUACCUGGCUCUGUGUUCUGGUCAUGCACCGGUUCCGACCGUGAUGCCUGAGAGGACGCUGACCAGCCCGCAGAAAGAGGUGAUCGAACAUGUGCGUCGAGCUGUAGAGCAUCUGGAAGCUACGGGCGAGCGGGUUGCCCCCUUUGAGCGCAUGUCUGCAGAGCUGAAGGAGGCGGCCAGGUUUGACUACUCUGGUGAACCGAUUCUCAUGAUGGAGGACUUAGAGGCUGAGCAGGUUAUCGCGGCCUGGCCGGCCAUUGGCCAAGCGGCGGUUCAGGAUGCCACGACAUUCUUACCGGAUCAUAUCCGUGAAAAGUUGGAGGACCCUCGGGCUUGCCUUCUACCAUUGCAUGAGUGGCCCUCACCAACCCCCAUUUCCAAAGUGAGGGCCUCGGAUGAGGAGUGGCACAAGGUAGUUGCAGCAGCUCACGUGAGGGGCUUGAUGGUCCCCCUUGACCCGGAGGAUGUCUUCAAGGAUGCCUCUGGUGAACCCGUGCUCAAUGGGGCAGGCGCGGUGCCCAAGUUUAAGACCAUCGGGGGCCAAAAGCAGAAGUGCCAGCGGUUCAUCAGCAAUCUGAUCCCCUCGAAUGCAUUUCAGACCCGCAUUGACGGUGACGACAAGUACCUCCCGUACCUGGGACAAUUGACCCUCUUGGAGCAGGAGGCCGAUCAAGUUUGGUUGACCGACAGCGAGGACUUCACCUCAUCGUUUAACCUGUUCCGUCUGCCGGCGGCGUGGCACAAGCUGAUGGGGUUUGGCAAGCUGGUGGAUGCGUCAGCUUUUGGGGGUCCUGCCGGUCGGAAGGUAUACCCGGCGAUGGCCGUGGUCCCUAUGGGAUGGUUGAGUUCGGUGGCUGUGGUGCAGGCGAUCGUGCGGAGCCUAGUCUUUGACCAUGCUGCGGUCCCACGGCAGACGGAGGUGACCAAGGUGCAGCCCAUCCCCGACUCGGGGGACCUUACAGUCAUUUACCUGGACUCAUUCGAUGAGCUCCGGCGGCUGGAAAAGGGAUGCAAAGAGGCUCUGGAUGAGAGCAUGUCCGACCGGCAUGCCCAGUUCCUGAGGGUGUGCCGUGAGAAAGGCAUGCCGUUGAAUGAGAGCAAACGGUUGGUGGCUGCUACCAGAGGGACGCUGCAAGGAGGCUUGCUGGACGGCGAUGCCGGCCGGUAUGGGCUGUCCGCUGACAAGAUGGCAAGCCUCAUAGGGCUCGCCAGCUCACUGAUUGGGCAUCAUCAGUGGUCAGAAUUCAUGCUACGUCACAUGGUGGGCAAGGCGACCUUUGGCAUGUGCUUUCGGCGGCCGCUCUUCUCGGUCCUGCAAAGCGUGUUCAGUGAGAUCCAGUGCAGGGCUGCCUGCCGUGACAUGGCAUCCCCAGCAGCCACGGUGGUUGACGAGGUCGUGAUGGUCCUGAGCCUGGUCCCCAUGAUGUUCACCAACCUGAAGGCUGGGCUGGACGAAGAAGUGGCUGUGACGGACGCUUCACCCUCCGGAGGAGGUGCUGCAGUGGCGACGCGAUUCAGGCCACCGCCCCUGACUGUUGACAGCGACCCCAGGAUCUCCUACGUGUGUGGCAGCGAUUGCUCGAGCCGAGCCAGGUACCCUUGCCCAGCGGAAUGUGGAGCCAUGUUCUGCUCGCUGGCGUGCGUGAUGGGCCAUCGCGACAUCGACAGGCCAGCGGCUGGUGAAUGCCCGCGCCGCGCCUGGCGCCCGCCCCGCUUUGGUGAGCGGUUUUCGGGAGCAAGGGCACCUCUCAGCCAUGCCGUUGCCUUGGAGGGAAGAAUUGAAGUUCAACCCCCGUUUGAUCUCCACUUCGGCUUGGACAUGUUCACAGAACAUGGGCGGUCAGAGCUCCAACGCCUCAUGGAGGACGAGGACCUGGCUGCAGAGCAUUGGGCCCCUGAAUGUAAGCUGUUUUCGCGGGCCCGGGGCCGGCCGAUCACGUUGGAGGACGGCAGGACCAUCCAAGGUCCUCAGCCAGUGCGUGACGGUCGCCACCUCAUGGGCUUCCCGUGGCUUUCCCACGACACCCGUGCACGGGUGAGGCAAUCCAACAACAUGGUCCUCAAGGCGCUGAAGCGAGGCCGUGACGUCAACAGGCCCAACAGGUACUGGACGGUGGAGCACCCGUACCGCUCAUGGAUGUGGGACUUCACUCUGGUCAAGGAGAUGGAGCGCGAGCCGGACUUCAGCCACUCCGUUGGGUCCUCCUGCUGCUUUGGUGGGCAAAGAGAGAAAUGGUUCUCCUUCUUUGGAGAUCUUCCUACGUUGCCGCAGCACCUGGCGGUUGACUGCCCGGGCCACCAGGGCUUGCUCUCCUACCAAGUCACCCAGCGGGCCGACGGCUCCCUGGUGUACCCAACAGAAGAAGAGGCAGAAUACCCUUGGGAGCUCUGCACUGAGUACGCCGCGGCCUUGACAGAGCAGCUCAACCUUGAUGGGCGCUUCGAAGCAAUGGUCAGCGCCCAGAGGGAGCGCUACUACCUGGAAGAACUUGCACAGUCCACCGGGCGUCUGGCUGCCACACCGGUCAAGGAGGCCGUGGCCGCCGUCCUGGUCAGAGAAGAAGCCCUCAUGAUCCAGUCUGAGGAACGUGCCCACCUGAAGAUGCUGCUGAGAUCAGCUACUUACCGAGGAACCGACGUGAGGUUCUUCGUGGAACUGGACACGGAUGGGCACCCCACAAUGCAUGAAGUCCCGUACCUGGCAAUGCGAUGGGACUGGAAGACCAUUUUGGCCUUCCCAUGGAAAGAAGACGGUCACAUCAAUGAAUUGGAGCUCAACGCCGUGGCAGCGUACCUCAAACGCAGGUCACGGUCGCAGUUGCGCCACGGGAAACAAUACUUUCAUGUGCUGGACAGCAUGGUCACCCGGGGAUGCUUGGCUAAAGGCCGCAGCAGUUCCCGGAGGCUCAAUCAGGUUCUGAGGAGGUGCACAGCUCUUCUCAUCGCAUCAGAUGGCUAUAUGUUCCCCCUGUGGACUAUCAGCAGGUGGAACUUCGCGGACAAACCCAGCCGCCUUCAUGAGGCGAAGAACUAG